AUGUCCUCCCUUUCCACCACAGCUACCGGGGCGGACUCCCCUCCCCCCUUGACUCGCGAGGGAACUAGAGAUGCAUACACCUAUGAGAAUCUUCGGGGAUGGAGACGGUACCGCAUCCUCAGGCCGGGCUGGGGAAUAUACCACGAUAUCCGAAGGCGGCUGCCCUAUUACAAAAGCGAUAUCGUCGAUGGCUUCACGUAUAGGACUAUUGCGAGUACUGUUCGGAUGUACUUUGUGAACUUGCUUCCCGCUAUAGCCUACACCUUGGACAUGUACCGCCGGACAGGCGAGUUCUUCGGCAUCAAUGAAGCUCUCUUUUCCUCUGCUCUUGCCGCAGUCGUUUUCAGCUUGCUGAGUGCUCAGCCACUCACUGUGGUUGGCAUAACCGGUCUCAUCUCGCUAUUUAAUUUUACUAUUUACGACAUCAUCAAGAUAUAUGAUGUCUCUAUAUACCCCCAGUUUAUAUGCUGGACGGGGAUCUGGGCUGCAAUCUUCCACUGGCUUGUUGCAAUCUGGAAUUGGUGCGACUACAUGCGCUAUGUGACGGAUUUUUCUAGCGAGGCCUUUGGGAUGUACGUUGGUAUUAUCUAUCUAAUCAAGGGAGUCGAGGAACUUGUGUCCGAGUUUGCUUCACAUGGGCUCGCCGCUGGGUACCUAAGCUGUUUGAUUGGGGUUUUGUAUUUCGCUAGCAUCUACGCCCUUGAGAAGCUUGGUGCAAGCACUGUCUUGAACCCGAUUGUGCGCGGACUACUGGCCGAUUACUCUUACCCUAUCGGUACUGUGUUUUGGGUUGGCUUCUCGCAUAUCCCAGGACGUCUUGAAGCAGCAGAUAUUGGCCGAGUGCCAACUACCAGAGCCUUUCAUCCCACCCAGCCCCGUAACUGGCUUAUUGAUUUUUGGAAUUUGGACACCAAAUGGAUUUUCGUGGCCAUACCGUUUGGCUUUCUGACAAUGCUUCUCUUCUACUAUGACCACCGGAAACGGUUGUUAUUAACGGCAGCAAAGAAUGUCAGCAGUUUGACUGCGCAGGCGAGACAGUUCCCUCUGAAAAAGCCCGGCGGGUUUCACUGGGACUUUUUCCUUCUUGGCUGCACCACCUUCGUGGCCGGAAUUUUAGGCCUACCAAUGCCCAACGGACUCGUCCCACAGUGGGGAUCUAUCGAGUCAAACGGAAUCUUGCAAAAGGUUAUCUUCCUCUUCCGCGAGGACAGGUUCAUUCACCGUGAUGAGCCACUCCUCUUGAUACGCAAAAGCAAAGUCAUGCUGUACAUUGGACUGCAGAUGUUUGGUGUCGCGUGCACUGUGGCUAUUUCCCACACAAUUGCGGCUAUCGGUAUGACUCCUGCUUUGGCAACGUCCCGCAUAUCCUACAUUCCAGACGCUUAUCCCUCGCUGCAGCCAAUAACAAAGUCGUCCUGGCCAGCCUUGGUGGAGCUCCAACCCUCCCAGAGGGCCAAAGACCUGAAGACUACGGACUGGAACGCAAGUACUCGGAAGGAAGGCAUGGUGUUCCAAGGCAGCGUGCUGGAAGCUUUCAUCGCUGAUGCUGAUGCUUGCUUCACGCAUCAUCGUGGCUUUAUCAUGACAGUUGGCAGUCUAAUAGUUGCCGGAUCUUCAAAAAUUGAUAAAAGAGAGUCACAUCCCAGCCUCUCCUGGGUUCGUAAAAUCAUCAAACAAAGCCCAUUGCCCAAAACCGCCGUGGAAGCCUUUCCCAUAUCCCUUAUCCUCGCAUUCCCAGAAGCUACCCUCGUCCCUCAUCACAACCCCAUCCGUUGCCCAGAAUCAAUCGAGAAAUUCGACUUCGCGCGGUUUCUUAUUCUUCGCCAUUUCACGCCACAUCUUACACAUUCUCAGACUUGGCAUGACGCGAGGUGUAAAAAUCCUACAAAUGUCGAAAUAUGCCUGAGUCAAAGUGAAGAGACUAAAGAUGACGGCGAGGAUGGCAGUGGCCCUCAUUUUCGGAGAUGUUUUCGAACGAAUAUAACUUGA